CAACGCCACUUCUACACCGGCCCCCCCCCUCUGAAAUCUCUCUCUCUCUCUCUCUCUCUCUCUCUCUCUAAAAUUUGAACUUUAAUUGCAGUAUGCAAUCAGAAACGAUCCCACUGGGAACAUGGAUUCCGGGCACUCGGCCCAGCCACGCCGCGUCCUCACGUGACAUCCCACGUGAGCAACAUGUCGCGGCGGCCAGCGUACAAAAACUAGUGUCAGAGAAUGCCGUCACGGUUGUCGGGCGACGUGGCUGCUGCAUGUGUCACGUCGUUAAACGGCUGCUCCUCGGCCACGGUGUCAACCCUACUGUUUUCGAGGUGGACGAGGACGACGAGACCGGCGUUGUCAUUGAAUUGCGGAAACUGACCGGAGAAGGCCAGGAGGAUUGGCAGCAGUUUCCUGUGGUGUUUGUUGGCGGGAAGUUGUUUGGUGGUUUGGAGAGGGUUAUGGCUACUCAUAUCACAGGUGAACUUGUGCCUGUAUUAAAACAAGCUGGAGCUUUGUGGCUAUGAAUUUAUAGUUGCUUUUUUUUUCUUUUCUGGGUUUUUUUGGGUUGUGAUUCUGCAAAUUUCAAUUAUUUCCUUAACUUACAUAUGAUAUAUUUGGAUUCAAUAAAAAAGUUGGAGGAAUAAAUUUCAGUAGGUACAGCUCCAAAAUUGCAGAUCAUUUGAUUAUUUCUUAAUUUAUCUGUCUUUAAUUUUGUUGAAUUUUUUUUUAGAUUUAUGUAGAGAUAAUUAAUUUAAAAGUUAUUGUAAUAAUCGAUGAUAUGAUGUAAUUUUUUCAAAUUUAUGCUAAUGACGGACAGCAGGCGAACAUCCAAUGGGACUGAGCUGGUUGGUGCAAGCAAGACCCAUGCUUGUCUAAGA